CGGGAGGCGGUAGCGAUUGGUCGGGUCUGUGUCCAACGUGGCGGCCAACGCGACCACCAGCCCUUCUCGGCUACUGCCCGUCGGUAACCGGCGCCGCGACGCUUCCGCGCUCUCCCGGUGCCCGGGCGGGGCUGCGCUGGGGUCCGGUUUGUGCCCGGCGGGCGGGCGGGCGGGCAAGGCCGCUUGUGGGCACGUGUGAGUGGCGCGGUCGGCGCCGCCGCUUGGCGGGCAGCUGGAGCGAGGGGAGCGGGUGUGCCCGCCGGGUCCGGCGGUGUCGGCUGUUACGGGAAAAUCCCGUAGAAGAUGUUACAGAAUUUGAGAUUCCACCUGAGGGCAGAAGAAUCACAAAGCUAGACCAGAUUUUGCUAAAUGGAAAUAACAUAACAAUGGAUACAUUGUUUGGAGAAGUCACAGGCUCCAGCAACGAAGAAGUUGUUUGGAGUGCUUCUGCAGUGGAGGUUAUUCUACAAGAACACCAAGUUCAGCAUCAGAGUUGUAAUGCCUUCAGCGUCAAUGAGGAGUGUAACAGACGAAGCAAAUCAUAUACUCCAACAUCAAAAUCUGCUCUUUUAUUUUCUCCUCCCUCAUCCUCAGAAAUGGGAACAGGUAGAAGGAUUUGCUCGUCACCUUUGAAAUUUUGUACUUCCAUUCCAAAGCACGCGCUUCUGGUGCCGGGAAGAUUUCCUCUGUUUGCAGCUGAUAGCGUUGCUCCCAGUGCUCCUCCAGAGAACUCUGUGAAAAUAUUGGACACUAUGUAUCCAGAGCUGUCUGCAAGGGCAAGGACACUAAACAUUCUGAGAGGAAAUAUUCAGCUUAACCGAUGUGCUUUUCCAGACAACCAAAGUUUGCCAGGGCCUGUGGCUCAAAUAGGCGGGUUCAAAGCAAUUGCGUCUACAUCAACUGCUUUUGUUAAAACUGGGAGCAAUUUGAAAUCUGACAGUAGCAAAGAUCAAGGAAAAGAUGUGCAAAAUCAGCAAUUGUUUUCAAGCUCAUCAAAUCAUGUUGAAGAAUGGACACUAUUGCCAAUGUCUAUGCCAAGAAGUGCAAAGAGACUGAGGUUGGAUAGUGAACCACCAAAGCUGGAGCCCAGUGAUAUUGCUGCUGUUGGAAAUACUAAAAAUAAAAUCUCUGAAAUGCAGGAGGCUUUCCAUGACAAAAGCUGUGAAACUGGUGAUUCAGGACACAGUUCCAGUUUAGAAGCAUCCCUAUCAGUAAAGACGGUUAUUGAUCCUGGCUGCCAGAAAGUUUCUUUGGCAUUGAAGAAAAUUGCUGAAUCCUGUUUUGACUUGUUACCAGUUAUUAAAGGUCACGUGUAUGCCAGCAAUAUCUCAAAGAUUCCAGUAAUGCGAGAUGAAGAGAAAGAAGUUGUCUAUGAGUUUGGUAUGAAAAACAAGCGUUUAGCAGAGUCCUUGUUGCAUGCUAUUCUCAAUAAACUCAAGGCUCAGAAGGAUGCCACAAAUUACAAUUUCAAUCAGGCUCUAUGUCAAGUCUAUAUAGGAAUUUGUCGACAGUUGGGAGAUUUGGAAAGAGCCCGCCUUUUCUGCUAUAGCCUGCUUAAAGAAGAGUUCCUCUUUAGAUGCUGGUGUUAUGGUCUCAAACCUGCUUUCAGAAAUGCAGUCAUGUCCAAAAGUAGAAUUUUAACUGAGUGAGCAAUAUGGAGAAGAUCUGAGUGACAAUGCUUGGCAGUACAUAUUUGCUAUUGAUCUACUCUGCUGUCAUCUGAAAUGGGAUUGGACACAUGACAAUGUUAUAAGCAAAGUGCUUUGGCCUUCUAUGGAUAAAUGGGCAAAGAAGAGAAAGGGACAUGAAACUGCCCUCUCCAUUCCUGAUAGUGUUAUAGCAUUGACGCUAAGGUUAAUUGGUGUUCCCUGGGGUGUGCAGCUGGCAGCCACAUAUUCACUGUUUGACAUGGCUUCAAGCAAUCCAGAAGGUAUUGUUGAGGCCAUCCAUGCUUGGAGAGCAACGGUUCUUAACAAUAUCCCUUUUGCUGUCACAAAUGGCAUAGCUGAAGUCACUUCUCUGUGUAAAAUGAUGCUGAACUAAAAACUAGGGAAGUGGGCUGAUGUAAAGGAAGAAGUGCCUUGUUUUACUAAGCAGUAGUCAUUUCCACUUAAAAACAAUACAAAGUGAUGUGUCCUUGCAAGCUCAAUUUUUUUUUUGGCUUUCCUGUUUGAGGGAAGAGUUUUUUAAAAAUAAAUAAAAAUACUUGCUUUUCCUAACAACUGAUCAGUGAUCUGAAAAUCAGUGCAUUUCUGACUCCUGAGAUAUUUCUGGUUUGAAGUCAAAAAAAAUCACUAAUAGUUUGACAUGAAAGAAGACUAGCCCUGGCUGAAAACAUGGCUCUGUUAUUUUGUACUAUAUCUAUAAAGUAACCAUUCAGAUAGCAGAACUUUGCCCAGAUUCUGCUUUAUUUUUGUUUGAGUAGUCUCAUAAGAUUGAUUAAAAAUGCUUGUGUAAGACAAGUAGGAAUUGACUUUUCAUGUAACAAUCAUGUAUAGAGUAACAGAGAUAUUAAAUCUCUGAACUUGUAUCUAUGGUAUAUUCUGAUAAUGUGUCUCACAUUUGAUAUUGUUCCACUUGAGGAAUUUUGUGUAUGUAAAUUGGAGGUUGGUUCAAAAAAGUUCAUGAUUCUAAAGAUAGCUUCACUACACUCUGUGGUUUUGUAUCUUUCAUAAUAAAAGAAGCAAACACCA